GCGAUGGUUCAGUCUCGUUCUUAGCCUCCUCUUGGCUGGAAUCGCGCGAAUGAACUCGCGUCGGUAUUAAUCAAUGUUACCGCGAUAGCUUUUAUUCGUAACUUCCUAAACGUUAUCCAAAAAUAUCCGAUUUUUGUUUGUGCGAUAAAAAUAAAAGACGAAAAAAGAGAGAAAAAGAGAGAGAGAGAAAAGGAAGAAGAAGAAGAACGAGAAAAAAAAAACAAAAUUAAUUUUUCAUUUCGUCGAAGUGGAAUAGAAAAAAGGUGAAACGAACGAUCUAGGUUAAGAAAGUAUUCUGUGAAAAAAAUGGAGGCAGAAAAAAACGGUACUAUCGAGAAAGAAAAGAACGAGAGUGGGAACGAGGUGGCAACUACGUUAAAUGUUACGAACGAAGUUGCGAAUAUGAAGCUCGAUGAAGUUACAGCUAAUUCGGGAAAUUCAACGCCAGGUAGUCCAGCUGCUAGUUCGCCAGCCGGUAGUUUUUUGGCGAAUUUUAAGGCUUUCUCGAAAUUCGGUGAUCCUAAGAGCGAUGGAAAGUCGAUAACACUUAGCCAAAGUGAUAAAUGGAUGAAACAGGCAAAGGUGAUCGAUGGAAAGAAGAUCACAACAACGGACACCGGGAUCUAUUUCAAGAAACACAAGUCGAUGAAACUUGCGAUCGAUCAGUACAAAUCGUUCCUGGAGGAACUCGCUAAAAGUAAGAAGGUCGAUUUCGUUGAAAUGAAGAACAAGAUGGCGAAUUGUGGUGCACCAGGCGUUACGGUAGGAGUAUCCGGGACUAAGAAGUCUUCAAGAGUGGUCACCUUUAAUAUUAUCAAUAAAAACGACUUGCAGGCUGGUAAAGCAGCAUCGACUGUGGAUCGUUUGACGGAUGUUACUAAAUACACUGGUUCUCAUAAACAACGUUUCGACGAGAGUGGUAAGGGUAAGGGUAUAGCAGGUCGAAAGGAUUUACCCGAUCAAUCGGGAUAUGUCCAAGGUUAUCAAAACAAGGACACGUAUAAUAAAGGUCACUAGCCCAACCUAUACGAUCUAAACAA